AUGCCCGAAAAUGCUCAAAGACUUGGCAAUAUGAUGCACGCCGUCGCUUAUCCGGCUGGCCGACUUGCGAACCUCGAACAUCAAGUCAGUCAGUUGCAUCUUGUCUGUCAGGGAAAGCCCGUCAUCAGUGAACUACCGGUGUAUGGCCGCGGUGCAGUAGUUCCUCCUACGAUAUGGGGUCGAUCCACAGAGCUUGUGUCCGAAGAAGAAAAACGCUGCAUGCAAGCACCACGAAAAUUUUCACGUACUGUCUGAAAUUUUUCAUACCUCCUCCCUUGGAUCCAGAGUUGGGUCUUCAUUCAGACAUUGAUGCUGGGCAAAACUCCACUCAUUGCGUUUUUUUGUCACCUAGUUAUUGA